AUGCAUUUUAGUUUGAAGGUCGGUUUGGAAAUCAAAUAAUAGGAAGCAGAAGAAAAGAAGGAGACUACUUAUAAUAUAGGUUAUACUAUAGUUUCACUAGCAUAGCUUGGAUCUGCUAUUGGAUCAUUGGUCGCUGGACCUUUUGCGGAUAAAUAUGGCAGAAAAAUUACAAUAAUUAUGGCUGAUAUAUUUUUCACUAUAGGAGCUGUCAUAAUGGGAGUAGCACCAACUAUUGCUAUUCUUAUCGUUGGGCGAUUCCUUGUAGGAUUAGGGGUUGGCAUUGCAGCUAUGGUAGUUCCAGUUUAUUUAUCAGAGGCUGCCCCGACUUCAAUUAGAGGGUCCUUAGUUACUUUCAACUGUUUAUUCAUAACUGGAGGAUAAUUUAUUUCAUACCUGAUAUGUAUUGCUCUUGGAAAUAGAUGGAGAUGGAUGCUAGGAUUAGCUGCAACUCCUGCAGUUAUAUAGUUAAUAGGCAUGCUAUUUAUGCCUGAAACACCAGUUUUCUUAUACAAAAAGGGGAAAAAAGAAAUUGCUGAUAAAACUUUAACUAGACUGUAUAAACCCCAAUAUUUGGAACAGAAAAAAAUGGAGGUAUAAAAAGAAGUAUAAUCUGUCCUAAUUGAAAGCAGAGAUCCAUUCUUAACUUAGAUCAAAGCAUUAUUCACAAUAUAUACUAGGUGCAUCGUUCUAGGAGCAGGUCUAUAAUUUUGGUAAUAAUUCUGUGGAAUAAACACUGUCAUGUAUUUUGGACCAGACAUACUACAAAAAUCAGGAUUUGGAGAUGAAAGUGAUCCAUCUUCACUUCUAGUUGCCUCGCUUCCUUUAGCUGGAAUGAAUGCUUUAGGUACCUUGAUUGCUAUCUUUUAUAUUGAUAAGCUCGGAAGAAGGUAUAUAUUAAUCAGAAUGGUUCCUUUUAUUGGAUUCAGCUUAUUGAUUAUUUCACUCGGCCUAGGGCUAAAAGGAUUUGGAGAUGAGUUAGAAAGAGAUGCUGGGAAAUGGGUUUCACUAACAGGAAUUCUGCUGUAUCUUGCAUUCUUUUCCAUCUCUCUUGGAUGCACUCCUUGGACAAUUAAUUCUGAAAUAUAUCCUUUGCAUUUAAGAGGAGCAGGAAAUUCAGUUUCAACAACUACGAAUUGGGUUUCAAAUUACUUAGUCUCAUAGUUUUUCCUUAUUGUGACUAAGACUACUGCUGGUUAGGUUGCUACUUUUAUAGCGAUUGCAUUGUGCUGUGGUUUCGCCUGGAUUUUUAUUUACUAUCUUUGUCCAGAAACAAAGGGAAAACCUAUAGAAUAAAUUGUUGAUGAGUUAUGUCCCCAUGCCAAGAAUAAAAGUGAAGAAAAGUAAGAUUUAAAUAGUGAUCAAGCUCAUACUCAAGAUUGA